AUGCAUUCAUGCUCUCGCGUAACUUCAAGUACUGGAAAGAAAAGGAAAGUUACACCAAGAUGUGUUGCAGCUAUAGUGCACAAGGAUUAUCCGGGACUAUAUGAGACACCAACAGCGAAAAUCCUGCUCGGUCUGGUGCAAAGGAAACUGGGUGUGGAAGUGUCGUAUACGACAUGUUUGAGAGGAAAAAAACUAGCUGUUGCUGAUAUUCGUGGUGAUCCGGAGAAGGGAUAUAAAAUAUUGCCUGCUUAUUUGUAUAUGUUAGAGAAGGCGAACCCGGAUACAAAAACAAGUUUGGUAGUGGAUAAAAACAACCGGUUCAGAUACCUAUUUGUUGCGUUGGGAGCCUCCAUUGAAGGGUUUGAAUACAUGAGGAAAGUCAUCACUAUGGAUGCAACUUUCCUGAAGACUGUUGAAGGUGGUUGUUUAAUUAUUGCCACGACUCAGGAUCCAAACCUUCACCAUUAUCCAAUAGCUUUUGCUGUGGUUGAUGGGGAGAAAAACGAAAGCUGGAAGUGGUUUUUCACGACGCUGAAAACUAUUAUACCGGAUUCGACAGAAUUGGUGUUUGUUUCAGACAGAAAUCCAAGUCUGAUAAAAGUUGUUGGUGAAGUGUAUCCGAUGUCUAAACAUGGAUAUUGUAUCUGGCAUCUAUCGCACAAUGUGAAAGCUCAUGUCAAUCAAGGCAGGGACGAGGUUGCACUACAAUUCCGAAAAGUUGCAUGUCUUUAUUCAGAGCAUGAGUUUAAAAAGCAGUAUGACGAUUUUAGGGAGAGGUAUCCAUCGUGUGCUAGGUAUCUUGAUAAAAGUGUCGAAGUCAAACGGUGGGCGAAGUGUAAUUUCCCCGGUGCUAGGUACAACAUAGACACCUCUAAUUGUACGGAGUCUUUGAAUGCGCUAUUUGAAAAGGCGCGAAGGAUGUCUUUAUUGCCUAUGUUUGAUACAGUUAUUGAUAAAAUGUCUGAGUGGUUCAACAGACAUAGGAAGAAUGCAGCAGAAGGACCGUCAUCUCGAAAAUUGGUUUCUUUGGUGGAGAACAAAUUGCAUAAGAGAACACCGAAAGGUUCAAAACUUUCAGUGACUCCGCUGAACACUUUUCAGCUUAAAUACAUUGUUAUUGGAGAAGACGGGAAGACUUAUUCUGUGGAUUUGCAACAGAAAACGUGCAGUUGCAGGAAGUUUGAUAUAGAUAAAUACCCAUGUAGACAUGCAAUAAGAGCUAUCAUUAAGUGUUUGCAGCAUGAUAAACCAUUACAGUUGAGUGACAUGUACGAUUUCAUCUCGAAUUAUUACUUCAUUACAACAUGGGCGAAAGCGUACCGAAGGACUAUAUAUCCAGUCCCUCAUAUAACUCAUUGGCUGGUUCCAAAAGAAGUCGCGGCGGCGAAGUGUCCUCUACCUCCAGACUACAAGAAAAAAAAAGGAAGACAUCAGGAAAAAAGGCAUCCUUCGGCGGGAGAAAGUCGGCCCCGUCCCCGUCCUAAUAAGUAUAUCCCGAAUAGGGGUCUGGCUAGCUAUUUCAAAUGCUCGCAGGGUCCUGAAUGA